AGAAAACAAGAAUUCAGUGGCAUGAAUUUUCUUUGUUUAACUUUACUGCUUCACUUCACAAUUGGGGGUUUUAAUCUUUUUCUCUUUGGGAGUUUUCAGCUUGUCAGAAGUGGAAAGGAGGCAUCUUUAGAAUGUAACUGGUGUUGAGGGGUUCUUGAAUUUGCAUACAGGUAUGGAGACUCCAUUGGCUAAUCUUGGGUCGAAAAAGCUAAUAAAUAAGCAUGAAUUUGUUAGGGUCAUCAUUCAAUGUCUAUAUUCUUUAGGUUACAGAAAGUCUGCUGUGAGUUUGGAAUCAGAAUCUGGGAUUAGCUACAAAUCUGAUGAAUUUGAGACUCUCGAGUCUUGUAUUCGUGAUGCUAAUUGGGAUGCAUGUAUUGAAACCCUUAAUAGACUUAAUGGUUUGACAAAUGAAACGAGAGCUUCAGCUUUGUUUCUUGUUCUUAAACAGUGGUUUUUAGAGUAUUUGAAUCUUGGGGAAGAUUCUUUAGCUUUGGAGAUUUUACAGAAAAAAAUGUCUGGUUUAGAAGUGGGGAAAGAUAAGGUUCAUACGCUUGCUUUUGGAUUGCUUUCCUUGAAAGACUUGGGGUUGGAUAAGGAAGAUCCUGAUGGUAUCUAUAACUUCAGAAAAAAAUUGCUGACUGAACUUGAAAAAGUACUGCCACCACCCAUUACAGUGCCGGACCGAAGGUUAGAGUACUUGGUUGAAAUGGCAGUAUGGUCACAGAUAGAUAAAUGUGUGUUUCAUAAUUCAGUUGAUUCCGUUACGCUCUAUGAAGAUCACCAAUGUGAUGCCAGUCAGUUUCCUUCAAAGACCAUUCAGAUCCUGUCUAACCACGUAAAUGAAGUCUGGUAUGUCCAGUUCUCAAACAAUGGAAGCUACCUGGCCUCAUCAUCAAGUGACAACACAGCCAUCGUUUGGAAGGUACUGGAUGAUGGGAAAUUGACCCAGAGACAUGAGCUGCGGAGCCAUGAAAAGCCAGUUUCUUUUGUAGCUUGGAGCCCUGAUGAUACAAUGUUGCUAACCUGUGGGAACAUAGAAGUGCUUAAGCUUUGGGACGUGGAAACAGGUACAUGCAAGCACACAUAUGGCGAUGCUGAUUUCAUUAUCAGCUCAUGUGCUUGGUUUCCUGAUUCUAAGCGAUUCGUCUGUGGCAGUUCGGACCCUGAAAAAGGCAUAUACAUGUGGGACUCUGAGGGUAAUGAGAUCAAGUCAUGGAAAGGGACGCGGAUGCCAAAGGUUCUAGAUCUUGCUAUUACACCUGAUGGAGAAAAACUUAUCAGUAUAUUCUCUGACAAAGAUAUCCGAAUAUUGAAUGUGGGGACAGGUGGUGAACGUGUGAUUUCAGAGGAGCAUCCAAUCACAUCCCUUUCACUAUCAGGGGAUGGUAAAUUCUUCAUAGUAAACCUUAAUAGUCAAGAGAUUCAUAUGUGGGAUAUUGCAGGCGAGUGGCUUAGUCCCAUGAAGUUUGAAGGUCACAAACAACAUAAGUAUGUGAUACGCUCCUGUUUUGGAGGAUUGGACAGCACUUUUAUCGCCAGUGGUAGUGAAGAUUCAAAGGUGUACAUAUGGAAUCGCCGAGGUUCAAAGCCUAUUAAGAUCUUGUGUGGCCAUUCAAUGACUGUGAACUGUGUGAGCUGGAAUCCUAAAAAGCCUCAAAUGCUAGCUUCAGCAAGUGAUGAUCAAACUAUUCGCAUAUGGGGGCCUGAUGUUCGAAGUAAAUAGUAACGAGUAAGCUGGUGUAUGCAGAUGGAUUUUUCUCAAUUGCGAGUUCCAUUUGCCAUGUAAAUCUGUUUCUUUCUACAAAUUUUGGCAUGUCUGUUCCCCUGUAAAUUGGCAUUGUUUCCUUCAAUAGGGUAGCUAGAAAAUAAUUUUGGCUCCUCCUGUAUGUACAACGCCAAUGGAGAAGUAAAACUUUUUUCCUAAAGUUUGAUUGAAAUUAGUGAAUGAAAGAAAGUAAAACUUUCUUAUCUC